AUGGCUAAGAGGAUUGAUAGUCUUCAAAUAGCAGCAGUGAACACUACAAAUAAAUCGCCAGCUAGAUGGGUGCAGAAUGAAGAAAUCUAUAAGGAGCAGCAGCCAGAACAAGUUAACUAUAUGCACAACCAAUGUACUGGACAGAAUAAAUUUCAUGGAGAAACUUACAACUCCUCUUGGAGGAACCACCCCAAUCUAAGAUGGAGAGACAACCAGAACCCAAAUUCAUGGCAAAGAAACUCCAACCAAAAUAACUCCCGUAACACAAACCACCAGAACCAUCAGCAAACUAACCAAAAUCCAUACAGAAAACUACAAAAUAACUACCCCACUUCUAACUUCUAUCCACCCUAUAACCCAUCAACUAACCAAAAUAAUUUCCACCAACCAUCUUCAUCCCACACUCAGCCACAACCACCCCAAGAAUAUCAAAGAAUCUCUAAUUUAGAGAUGAUGAUGGAGAAGAUGAUGAAGCAUCAAGAGUUAGCUAAUAAGAACCAUGAAGCCUCACUGAGAAACUUGGAAAGACAAAUAGGCCAAUUGUCUAAACAGCCUGAAAGACCAACCAACACUUUCCUAAGUGAUACCAUUCCAAAUCCCAAAGAAGAAUGCAAAGUAAUUCAACUCAGGAGUGGAAGAACAUUGAAGGAUAACAAGGUUGACAGUAAGAAGGAAGUGGCAAUGGAAGAGAAUGACCAAGAAGAGCUCAAAAAGAAGGAUGAAGAGCCACAAGCUUCAAAGAAGGGAAAGCUAAUCAUGGAGGAGCAUCCACAAGAACAGAGGAAGGAGGCAAAGCCUUACACUCCUCCUCUGCCAUACCCUCAAAGAUUGCAAAGAGAGCUCAAGGAUCAAUAA